AGGCCCCAGGCUUGUGCUAUCAUCCAGUGAUUUUCCGAGUUUCCUGGCUUGCUUUCCCCCACUGCGUACAUCUCUUCCCACCGGAGUCGGAAACUGCGCUCAUGGCUGAGGUGAAGGUGAAGGUGCAGUUGCCCGACGCAGAUCCAGUUGAAAUAGAAAACAGGAUCAUAGAAUUAUGUCACCAGUUCCCUCAUGGAAUCACAGACCAAGUAAUUCAGAAUGAAAUGCCUCAUAUAGAAGCACAGCAGCGGGCAGUGGCCAUCAAUAGGUUGUUGUCCAUGGGUCAAUUAGAUCUCUUAAGGAGCAACACUGGCCUUUUGUAUAGAAUAAAGGACUCUCAGAAUGCUGGUAAAAUGAAGGGAUCAGAUAACCAAGAAAAACUGGUAUAUCAAAUCAUCGAGGAUGCAGGAAAUAAAGGAAUAUGGAGCAGAGAUAUCCGAUACAAAAGUAACUUGCCAUUAACAGAGAUCAACAAAAUUUUGAAGAAUUUGGAAAGUAAAAAGCUUAUCAAAGCUGUUAAGUCUGUAGCAGCCUCUAAAAAGAAGGUGUAUAUGCUCUAUAACCUGCAGCCAGAUCGCUCUGUGACAGGUGGAGCCUGGUACAGUGACCAGGAUUUUGAAUCUGAAUUCGUAGAGGUGCUUAACCAACAGUGUUUUAAAUUCCUGCAAACUAAGGCGGAAACAGCACGAGAAAGCAAACAGAAUCCAAUGAUACAAAGAAAUAGUUCAUUUGCUUCAUCUCAUGAAGUUUGGAAAUAUAUCUGUGAAUUGGGGAUCAGUAAGGUGGAGUUGUCCAUGGAGGACAUUGAAACCAUCCUGAAUACGCUCAUUUAUGAUGGGAAGGUGGAGAUGACGAUCAUUGCUGCAAAAGAAGGCACAGUCGGCAGUGUAGAUGGACACAUGAAGUUGUACAGGGCAGUCAGUCCAAUCAUCCCUCCCACGGGCUUGGUCCGGGCACCCUGCGGACUCUGCCCGGUUUUUGAUGACUGCCAUGAAGGUGGUGAGAUUUCACCGUCUAACUGUAUUUACAUGACAGAGUGGCUUGAAUUUUAAUAGACAACUAUGAACUUCACUGACGUUUUGCACAUGCAUUUACUUUGGGAGCAGAUAAUUUAAUUCAUGAUGGAACAUCAAAUCCUGAAAGCCAACGUCAUAAUAUGGAUACAGACGUGCUGCUAUGGAAACUUUUUUUUUAUUUAUGAAGAUUAAAUUUAUAUUGGUAAGGUAGCCAACAGAAUUUGAAAUAGAAUAGGUUAGCAGUAAAAAUCUAUUCUUCAUUAAACAAAAUACUUUGAAACUCCAGAGGACUACAUCUUUGAAGACUGUCAAAGUCAAGGAAAAUGAAGCCUACAAACCCAUACUUACCAGGUAGUAUGAUAAUGGCUACAGUAUAAAAGUGUUCUUUUAAAAGUUAUUUAUUAAGGUCUUUAUUGGAAUUUUUUAUAUCUCACUCACUACCAUUUCUGUUUUCUCAGCGGUCUCAUUGAGAAGAUAGUAAAAGUGGUAAAGGCAGGAAAGCAAGGGAGGUGUACACAAACUUGAGGCAUGACUGGAGAGAUCUCUUUUCUACAUGCUAUAUUUCUUUUUGUAUCAGAAACAUUCUUUCAGAGGAUUAUGCUACCAUACUUAUUUCAAACCCAAACAAUGACUUGUUGAGGUUAUGUUGUCAGUGCAUAAAUGUGAAUUAUCAUUUUCAUCCUGAAGAGAAUGUUUUCACUGUCCUUCGUUAAAGUCUUAUAAAUUUCACUCUGUGGCUCAACUGUAUGGUUUGCUAGGAUUAUCCCUAUAUUCUUUUUUGAUGUCUGCAGUAGACUGAAUGUUUGUCUGUCCCUGAUAUUCUAAUGUUGAGAUCUGAUUUCCAGUGUGAUACUGUUUGGAAGUGGUGCCUUUAGCAGGUGAUAGGUCAGGAGACAGAGCCUUAUGAAUGGGAUUAAUUCCCUUAUAAAAGAGAUGCAGAGAGCUCAUUGCCUCCUCUGCCAUGUGAGGAUACAGGGAGAAGACAGCCUUCUGUGAACCAGGAAGUGGUCUCUUAGCAAACACCAUGUCUGUAGUCACCUUGAUCUUGGACUUCCCAGCCUCUAGUAUUGUGAGAAAUAAAUUUCUAUUGUUGAUAAGUCA